CUUCCUUCCUCCGCCGUCGAAGAGCUCGCCGUCGAAGAGCUCACCGGAAUCCGGCGAAGAUGGAAGACGAAGAGGGAUCCCAGCAGCCCCACCUCGUGCUCGCCCACCGCCUCUUCCUCCUCAAGCACCCCGCCGUCCCCGACAUCGAGAAGGUCCGCCUCACCGACGACGUCCUCGCCUCCAUUAAAUCCGACGAUAUGGUUUCGCUGUACGAAACCCUAGCGGCGGAGUCCCUUCUGGAGACGGACGCGGGGCUGCUGGACUCCAUGCGCGCGCGCAUCGAGGAGGAGAUCAAGAAGCUCGACGAGAAGAUAACUGAUGCUGAAGAGAACUUGGGCGAAAGUGAAGUUAGGGAAGCUCACUUGGCCAAAUCUUUGUAUUUCAUUCGUAUCGGUGACAAGGAAAAAGCAUUAGAACAGCUCAAGGUAACAGAAAGUAAAACAGUGGCUGUCGGGCAGAAGAUGGACUUGGUCUUCUAUACGCUCCAGCUGGGUUUCUUCUACAUGGAUUUUGAUCUCAUUUCCAAAAGCAUUGAUAAAGCAAAGAACUUGUUUGAAGAGGGAGGUGAUUGGGAAAGGAAAAACCGUUUGAAGGUGUACGAAGGAUUGUAUUGCAUGUCGACUCGAAAUUUCAAGCAGGCUGCCAGUUUAUUCCUGGAUUCCAUCUCAACCUUCACAACUUAUGAACUGUUCCCUUAUGACACCUUUGUGUUCUACACUGUUCUUACCAGCAUCAUCUCAUUGGAUAGAGUUUCCUUGAAGCAGAAGGUUGUGGAUGCUCCAGAGAUCUUGACGGUGAUUGGAAAAGUACCCCACUUGUCGGAAUUUUUGAACUCUCUGUAUGAUUGUCAAUACAAAUCUUUCUUUUCUGCUUUUGCUGGUCUGACUGAGCAAAUAAGAUUGGAUCGCUAUCUGCACCCUCACUUCCGGUAUUACAUGAGGGAGGUCAGAACUGUUGUUUAUUCCCAGUUCCUCGAAUCCUAUAAGAGUGUUACGAUUGAAGCUAUGGCAAGAGCUUUUGGAGUAACAGUUGAUUUCAUUGAUGCAGAAUUAUCCCGCUUUAUUGCCGCCGGAAAGCUUCACUGCAAGAUAGACAAAGUUGCGGGUGUCCUGGAAACUAACAGACCAGAUGCAAAGAAUGCCCUUUACCAAGCUACCAUAAAGCAAGGGGACUUCUUGUUAAAUAGGAUUCAGAAGCUUUCUCGUGUUAUUGAUCUGUAAAGUAAGCAGGCAGUUUUCUGAUUUGGUGGUUAUACCAUUGAUUUUCAAGUGCUAAAGCAUUCAAAGCAUCAUUGUUGAACUUAUCCAUGAGUUUACUUUUCGAAUCAACAUUGGCUCUCUUUUUAUAUUGAGCUAAACUGGAUGAAUCUUUGAUUUGACGUAGAGACACUGGACCAAAUAAGAGAAUUUGGUGCCAUUGAGUGUUGCUGUAAUGUAUGGUGAUAGAAAAGUUUCCCGA